CCCUUCAUCCGCCUGCCUCUGACUCUGACUAGGCUAGCGGCUAUGGCGAAACUGGGCCUACUCUUGAUCUAGACUAGAGAUCUAGAUCUAGAUCUAGAAUCUAGAAUCUAAUCUAGAUCUUGCCUGCACUGGAGUGCUCUGUUGAUGUAAGGAGAAAUGAUCACAGCAGUUAUCAGUAGCAGGGAUGUCAUAUUAUGAUUAUCGGCCUAACAGAGAUCAGGAGAUCAAGUUGAUAGGAUAGGGCCUUUAAGUCACUUUUGACGCUUUGUCCGAAUUCCGUUCUUUGAAUCUUUGCUGACAUAAACAUCACAAAACUUCAAAGGAAAAUUGAUUUUUGCAAUCUCAAUUACGGCGGCACGGGUGCUGUUCAUAGAUCUGUCGUGGAAAGGCUCGAUUGCUUUGAGGCUCUCAUUAUGGAUGAGGAACAGUGUGACUUGGAUGAGCUGCAGGCUUUGCUGGAAGCAGAGGAUGACAUGAGGGAAGAGAACUCCGAGUCUCAUACUGUCAGAGUCAAGCCACAAGCAGAUCUGACAAGGAGCAUGGAGGAUUUCCUUCAGGAAUCUUCUGACAGUGAGGACGAAGCUUGCAAAGAAAAAGACAAAGACAAAUCAGGGAGAAUUUCUUCCUCUGGACCAACUGAUGACCCAGAUGUCCUGGCAAGCCUGAUGGACGAUGAUGACCCAGAUGUCAAUGAAAUAGAUGCAGUUGUGGAGAAGGCUGUGAAGCAAGAGAAGUCUCUUGCUCCCAAGGCAAAUGAGAAAGACAGAAAUAAGAUGAAAAGUGUUGAUAGCUCAUCAAAAUCGAAAAAUAGUUCCAAGAAAGAUGAACGUCACAAGUCUGUAAAACAAAAUCUUUCUCCUAGCAGUCAGAAGGUACAGGUGAAUAGUUCUAGCUCAAGCCAGUCUAGUGAUGUGAAUUUGGGUAGUCAAAAUGAAACAGAUCUCUUAAGAGCACAAAUGGCGCAAAUGCAACAACAGAUGCUUGAGUUGCAGAAAAUGUUAGCUCAGCAGCAACAGCAGCCUUUGACACAGCAGCCAGCCCCUAAGCAUUCUGAGAAAAAGAAAUCAAUAUUUUUCCAAGAAAAUACAGCCAGUUCUUCUAGUAAAAGUCCUCCUAACUCUUCCAGUACAAGUCCUCCUAAUUCUUCCAGGAAAAGUUCUAAGGUUUUUUCAGAGAAAGCUCCUGAUGCUGGAAGAUCUUUUCAACUUGUUUCUGAUGAUGGAGAUAAUUUAUUUUUUAAAGGCGCCUCGUCUAGUUCAGCGAAUAAGAUGAAAAGUGCAUCGGUCAAUAAAGCAUGUUCUGGGUCUCAGCAGAAAGGCAAGUCAAAGAAAGCAGAAAUGUCUCGAGAGUUGUUUGGAGAUAGCGAUAGUGACUGGGAGGGUUUGGAUGGGGAAGAUAAACGGUCACUGAGUGAGGCAGGGAAAGACAUCAAAAGGCUCAUUACUUCUGGUGAGUGCAAACGAGAGGCCCACCAGCCGAAAUAUAAAAUGAAUGAGUCUGCGUAUCCAAAGAGUCAGUCAUGGUCAGCCCAUUCAUCCGUUGACGAAGAAAGCAGACUGAGCCAGAAUUCAAAUCUUCAGAAAAAGGUUGACAAAAAUUCUCUUCAGUGUAAAUCUUCGUCAUCAGAGCAGAAACAAGCCAAGUCUUCAGGUGCUACUGAAACAGAGGAGAAAUUUGUCGUCGAGGAUUAUUCGAAAAUUCGUAUAGUAAAUCCUCUCGUGUCCUCCUACAUGAUGAGGACAAGGAUGGAAGGUCGUAAGAUGAUUGGUGUGUCAAAAAUACACCUGAAGCUGAAGACCCCGGACCUUCAGGGAGACUGGGUGACUAUUGCUGUUAUGGUUGGGAAAACCGAAGCAAAAGCUUCUAAAACGGGAAAACCAUAUUCUAUAUGGAAGUUGAACGAUUUAGAUGACUUGGACAAUUCUGUCAGUUUUUUCCUGUUUGGAGAAGUGUACAAAACUCACUGGAAGCUCGAAGUGGGCACUGUGAUUGGUGUCCUCAACCCUUCCAUUAUGGAGAGCAUGGACAGAAACAAUAGUGAGCCAGCAUUCACAAUCAAAAACUCUAACCAGUUGAUGAUUAUGGGCAGGUCCAAGGAUCUGGGUUGGUGUAUUGGUCGGACUAAGAAGGGAAAUAAGUGUUCGCACUUCAUCAAUAAAAAAUUUGGGGAGUAUUGUGCUUAUCAUGUGCAGGCUGAGUACAGGAGGACAUCUGCCAAGAGACUUGAACUUCAUGGUAGUAUUACUGGCGUCAAACCCAAGUCUUUUGAAAAGAAAAUUUUUUCAAAAGAUUGUGCAUAUAUGUACGGUGGUUGUACCUAUGUGCCGAACAGCUCAGCAUCUAAUGGCAACAAAUCUAAGAAAGGACUAACGUUAGCUAAACUUCAACAGGCGGCACCUAAAGGACAAGUGAACACACUGAGUAUUCACAAUAUCAAAGCGCAGUCUGGCUCUGCCGCCACCGGCAACAAGGGAAAUGUUCGUCCCGCUUCAACCUCAACUUCAAGACUGAUGGAGGACGGGGAGGUUGCCUUUGCCGACAUGGUGGCGGUCCCCUCUCCAGGCUCCAUGAAUCUAGUGGCAUUUCUCAAAAACCGUGAAGAAAAGAAGGGUAAAGCAACUCGUGCGGGAAGCAGCACCGGCACAUCUUCACCGAAACCAUCUCCAAUCCAGAGUGUUACUCCAAAGGAGCUCAUCAAGCAGCAUCAGCAGGAGAUGAAACAGAAGCAGGCGGAGAGGAAGCGGGCUGCAGCUGUCGCUGCUGUUGCGGAGGCGGAAAAGAAGAUCCAGAAAGUUGAUCCUCUCAUGGAGAGGCCUGUUCUGGGUAAAGGAUUUUACAGCGGACAAGACAUCUCGCUGGAAGUGAAGAAGUCACCUGCUACUGCAGCAGAUAGAGCAAAGCUGAAGGCCAUAGCUGCUGUGCAAGGAAAAGGCGGUAUUAAGAAAGAAGACCCUAAUGCUGUAAAAAGCGAGAAGGAUGUAGACAAGAUCAAGAAAAGAGUUCAGAAAGAAACAGGACAGGGGUCUUCAGGGGAAGAGAGUUCAUCAUCAUCAUCAUCAGCAGGUUCGAGUCGGCCGUCGACCAGUUCCUCAUCAGCUGUGAAGGAACCACCGAAGAAAAAGUCUCGGCUCUUGGGGAAUGUCGAUCUUAACUCUGAUGAGAUCAAGGCAAUCUUGAAGGCACGCUCCAAACACCAAGGGGCCCUCACGGAGGCGGAGCUGGAGAGAGAGGAUGCUUACUUCACUGCCCUUGAGAAAAAGGAGAAGCUAGAGGAGAAAAUGCAGAGUGUAACCUCCAUUGAGGUGUCGCUCUUCACUUGUAAGCAGUGUCAGUACACAGCCCAACAUGCGCUGGACUCAUGCAGGAAGGAAGGUCAUGUGAUCUCAAAGUCAAAGGCCAAGAAGCGUUUCUUUGUGUGUCGAAAAUGCAAAUACAGGACCUCUGUGGUGGGAGGGAAAUUCCCCACAGAGUCAUGCAAGAAAUGUGGCUCAGCGUCCUAUGAGAAAACAUCUAUGUAUCAGGAGAAAUCUGGGCCAAAACUAGCUUCAGAAACCCUCAGUCUCCGAGGUGACGAGGUGAAGUACUUGAACAGUCUGGACCAGAAAGUGUUCCUCAACACUGUGGAGGAUGACUGAAGCAUCUUUUGUGUGCCAUGAAUAAUCUUACAAGGUUCCCAUCAAGAUUUUUAGUACAAGAUGGCCACCUGCUGUAAAGGAAAAACAUGAUCGUUCAAGACAGGUGGAUGCCUGGGACAGAGUCGUUAUAAUAUAUUUUAUAUACAGUGGACUUCGGAUUCAACAAAAGGAGAUGGAUUCCCUGGGGGUUUUUUUUCUUUAAAAUCAAUGAAAAUAACUCUGAUUCAACUAACACUUAAAUCAGCAAGCUCGGAUUCAAGGAGGUCGCUUCCAUGGUGAACAGCCCCCCCACCGACGUGGCUUCGCUCAUUUUUCUCCCACAACGAACUUUGUUCCCUGAAACCAUCCAUUGCACCUACA